AUGUCAGAUGCCCAGCUCUCCCCUUCUACCUAAAGCUCCUCUCUGGCUGCACCAGGGUUAGUCUGUGUAAGAAAUAGCAGGAACUGUGGCAGCAGCGAGAAGAAGCGGCUGAGACGCGUGGAACCUGAAAAAGUCUGGGUGCUGGGGUUUACCUCAUAGCGAGGUCCCAGCCAGCCGUCAGCACCAUGGACAGCAGCACCGUCCCCACCAACGCCAGCAAUUGCACUGAUCCCUAUACGCACUCUUCAAGUUGCUCCCCAGCACCUAGCCCCGGUUCCUGGGUCAACUUCUCCCACCUAGAUGGCAACCUGUCCGACCCAUGCGGUCCGAACCGCACCGAGCUGGGCGGGAGCGACAGCUCGUGCCCUCCGACCGGCAGUCCUUCCAUGAUCACGGCCAUCACCAUCAUGGCCCUCUACUCCAUCGUGUGCGUGGUGGGUCUCUUCGGAAACUUCCUGGUCAUGUAUGUGAUUGUCAGAUACACCAAAAUGAAGACUGCCACCAACAUCUACAUUUUCAACCUUGCUCUAGCAGAUGCCUUAGCAACCAGUACGCUGCCCUUCCAGAGUGUCAAUUACCUAAUGGGCACAUGGCCAUUUGGAACCAUCCUCUGCAAGAUCGUGAUCUCCAUAGAUUACUAUAAUAUGUUCACCAGCAUCUUUACCCUCUGUACCAUGAGUGUCGAUCGUUACAUUGCAGUCUGCCAUCCCGUCAAGGCCCUGGAUUUCCGUACUCCCCGCAAUGCCAAAAUUGUCAACGUCUGCAACUGGAUCCUCUCUUCAGCCAUUGGUUUGCCUGUAAUGUUCAUGGCAACAACAAAGUACAGGCAUGGUUCCAUAGAUUGUACACUCACAUUCUCUCACCCAACCUGGUACUGGGAAAACCUGCUGAAAAUUUGUGUUUUCAUCUUUGCCUUCAUCAUGCCUGUCCUCAUCAUUACAGUGUGUUAUGGACUGAUGAUCUUACGCCUCAAGAGUGUCCGUAUGCUCUCUGGCUCCAAAGAAAAGGACAGGAAUCUGCGAAGAAUCACCAGGAUGGUGUUGGUGGUUGUGGCUGUGUUCAUUGUUUGCUGGACUCCCAUUCACAUUUAUGUCAUCAUUAAAGCCUUGAUUACAAUCCCAGAAACUACAUUCCAGACCGUUUCCUGGCACUUCUGCAUUGCUCUAGGUUACACAAACAGCUGCCUAAAUCCUGUCCUUUAUGCAUUUCUGGAUGAAAACUUCAAACGAUGCUUCAGAGAGUUCUGUAUCCCAACUUCCUCCACCAUCGAGCAACAAAACUCCACUCGAGUCCGUCAGAACACUAGAGACCACCCCUCCACGGCCAAUACAGUGGAUAGGACUAACCAUCAGCCACCCUUGGCAGUCAGCAUGUCCCAGGUCUUUACAGGAUAUCCUCCUCCGACUCAUUGUGAAAAACCCUGCAACAAUUAUAUGAAGAGGUAG